GCGUCAGUCAUCACGUGAGGACACGUGGGAGUUAGCAGGAACUCUGGUAACCAAGUGACUCAAUCAUGUUGUCAUUUGGUUGUCACAACAUAAAUUCGUGCAAAAAUGGCAGGGAUGGCUGGGUUAAAGUUGAUAGAAGAAUAUUCAUCGAGUUCAGAAGAUGAAAAGGAAUCUUCAGAAACUGUUGAGAAGAAAAUAAAACUUAACAGUUUGCCUUUACCAAAGUUUACUCCAGUCAGAGUAGGCUUACAGGAUCGUGAAGUUGUACUUGAUAAUCCUGGAGAUCAUCAUGGACGUAUUAGAUCGUUUGGACAUGAACGAGGAAACUGGGCAACACUUGUUUAUGCUGAAUAUGAACCCAGCGAAGUUCUGGUGUCAUGGAUGAAAUCAGUGAAUGUGACAAUCCCCUCGGGCAUCCUGAUCUUCAACGACUGUCACCUGAGUUUCAGUCGAACUUUGGUCCUGAAAUAUCACUGGAUCGAGUCAUUCAUAGAAAGCCUGAGAGACCUGACAAGGUCAACUUUAAAAUUUACACUUCAAAUAACAAACGUGAACGUUUACUGUAACGAAGAGAGAACCAGGACAUUCAUCGCUCUCGAGUGCCAACCGCUCGAUCAAACCCUAUCACAAUAUAUGAUUUCAUUGAAUAAACUGCUCUCAGAAUAUCAACUUCCUCCCUUCUACAAGGAGGCGUCCUAUCACAUAAGUUUUCUAUGGCUCCUUGGAGAUAAAGAAGAUGACCUCAGAAAAUUGAUUCCCGGUCUCAACGAGAGUCUAUCUGAUAUACUUUCAAAAAAUUUUGAAAAUAGUUACAUCACUGUUGAAAACAUUCAUUGUAAAGUGGGUAACAAAUUGUACAAAUGGGUAUUGAGAUAACAAUAAAAAAAUAUAAAA